AUGACAACUCAAAGCCCAGAAAAAGCAUUCAAUAGCGGCGUUGCAGUGAUAACAGGAGCUGGAGGUGGUCUAGGUUCUGGUCUUGCACGCCAUAUCGCAUCAUUCGGGAUGACCGUCAUUAUCGCUGACAUCGAUCUCAAACGCGCCAGAGAAGUUGCCUCAGAGAUCAUAGCCGCCAAAGGAAAGGCUGAAGCGAGGGUUGUCGACGUAUCUCGGCCAGACGAGCUGGAUGCACUGGCUGAAUACGUUCACACUCACUAUGGAGAUGUUCAACUGCUCAUCAACAAUGCGGCGAUCGAGACACUGGGUCCAUUGUGGGAAUUAUCUUCCGCCCGCUGGGAGACGACUUUGAAUGUCAACAUCCAUGGCCCUAUUCAUGGUGUUCGGGCCUUUCUACCCCGUAUGAUCGCUUCAGGAAAAGAAUGCUGGAUCGCCAAUGUUUCGAGCGUCGGGGCGUUCACCACCAUUCCAGGCCAAUCAGCAUAUGCAGUCACAAAGCACGCCGUACAAGCUUUCACCGAGUCACUGCAUGUGGAAAUGAGGUCUCAGAAAACACCCAUACAUGUUAGCUCUGUCAUUCCAGGACUGCUGAAUACGGGUAUCUUCGACCGUGCUGAGCACGAUACCUCAACUGGAGAUACGGCUUGGGAAAGACAUCGAAGAUUGAUGGCUGAGACGGCGCGACAGAAGGGGAUGGGUAUUGAUCAAGCAAGUCGUAUGGUAGUAGAACAGAUAGCAGAGGGGAAGUUGUGGGUUUCUACCCAUCCAGCUAUCUUGACUGAGAUCUUGCAACAGAGGAUCCAGUACUAUGACAGACAGGGAGAGCCCAACAUUCCACCAGCAUAG